CUUCAUCGAAAUGUUUCUAGAACCCUCUUAUCUUUUGCCAAAAAACCCCUCUCUCCAAGAACUUUCUAGGGUUUUGUUAUCCUCUUAACCAAUUUGACACCAACCCACCACCCAUUUCUUCUCUGACUCUGCCACUAAUUUUUCUCACUUAAGGGUUUAUAAUCUUGAGUUUGGGGACAAGAAAUGGCAGCUGCACAGUUGACUUCCGCUGCUUCCUCAAUUUCAGGAAAAGGGUUUGUUUCAUUUGAGGGGCUGAGAGCUUCAAAUGCAGUAAAGGUCUCGUCUUUUCAACCUCUGAAGCAGAAUGCACUCUCCCUAAGAUCAUUCCCCUCCCUUGUUGUCAAAGCGGCUACAACUGUUGCCCCUAAGUACACUUCCCUCAAGCCACUGGGUGACAGAGUGUUGGUGAAGAUUAAAACAGCAGAGGAGAAGACUUCAGGUGGUAUUUUACUACCAACAACUGCGCAAACCAAACCUCAAGCAGGUGAGGUGGUUGCUGUUGGAGAAGGUCGGACAAUUGGAAAAAACAAGUUGGAAGUUAGUUUGAAGACUGGCACCAAAGUGGUGUACUCGAAGUACGCAGGAACAGAGGUGGAGUUCGAUGGAACAAAUCAUCUCAUUCUGAAGGAGGAUGACAUUGUUGGUACUCUUGAUACUGAUGACGUAAAAGAUUUGAAUCCCCUGAAUGACCGAGUUCUCAUAAAGGUUGCUGAAGCUGAGGAAAAAACGGCUGGUGGGUUGUAUUUAACAGAUGCAAGCAAGGAGAAGCCGUCAAUUGGCACAGUGGUUGCAGUUGGGCCCGGUCCUCUUGACGACGAGGGCAACAGGAAGCCGUUGUCAGUUGCUCCAGGAAACACAGUUUUGUACUCCAAAUAUGCAGGCAAUGAUUUCAAGGGCAGUGAUGGCUCCGACUACAUAGCACUAAGGGCAUCAGACGUCAUGGCAAUCCUUUCUUAGAUGGUCUAAGUCUGCCCUUUAGUUUGCCACCUUAAGCAUCCCCAGCAAAAGUCAUAAGCGGAACCGUUCUUGUAACUUAGGCUUGAGUACGCAUUUCUUGCAGCUACAUGAAUGUAUUCAAGUGUAAUGAGUAUUGGAUUUCAAGAAAAAGUUCGAGUAUUUCCAAUAGCAGCUGUACCUUUGCUUUCUGGGGUCAUUUUCUUUCCUACCAGCGGUCUUGAACUCAUACGAGGUGGUGUCGGCUGUUAUUCUAUGUCCAUCUUUAUUCAAAAGAGAAUAGCAGAAUAUGAAACUGGCCCAAGCUGGUUUGUCCUUCUCGCUUGUUUUUCCCUUCCUCAUCGGGGAAUUGUUUUCAGACCUUGAUCUCUGCACGCCUGUUUGAUUUUAUGUGAUUUGCACUUUUUGUUGUAACAUGCAACGGAAAACGCAUUUUAAUCGUGUAUAUCAAUUCGAUACUUUGAGGAGGUAAUGUAA